AAAAAAAAAUAAAGCAGCAACAGGCUGAUGAGUCUGAUUUGUUUGAAUGAAGAGAAUGUGUGUUUUUAGUAGUGAACGAGAGAAUUAAUUUUAUUUUAAAAUAAAUUUCAAAGGUUUUUUUAUUUAAAACUAAAUAUAGCUCAGCACUGGACUACCAAUAUUUCAUAAGUUAUUAUGCCACCUAAAAAGGGAGGAGGAAGUGGAGCCAAAAGUAAAGAAAAAGAUGACCAAAGUUCCAAAGGUGGAAAAGAAAAGAAAGGGGGGACUGCAGUAAAAGUAAGACAUAUACUGUGUGAAAAACAAGCUAAGUGUUUGGAAGCUUUAGAGAAAUUGAAAGCAGGAAUGAAAUUCAAUGAGGUUGCAGCCCAGUACAGUGAGGAUAAAGCGAGACAGGGUGGAGACUUGGGCUGGAUGACACGAGGUUCUAUGGUUGGUCCAUUUCAGGACGCUGCCUUUGAGCUGCCAACAUCAACAAUAAAUGCACCUGUUUAUACUGAUCCACCUGUGAAAACUAAAUUUGGUUACCACAUAAUUAUGGUUGAAGGAAAAAAAUAAUUAUUUGUUAAUUUUA